GCUAGCAAGCCAGUCAUCAGGCAGUCGCGCCACCGCACACAGGCAUCGUCUCACAGCUUUGAGACGUGCCGUAAGCUGCACUGUGAGAGCGCUGUCACACAGCGCAGCGCAUUGAGCCGCCACGAGGCCACGACCUAUGCGCCACCGCAGCAGCAGCCUCCUCGCCCUCGUCCUCCGCGGCGCAGCAUCGAUGGCGGCACCCAAGACCCCGCAGUCUACGCUCAGACCGGCCAAGGGCAGCGCAAUAACGUUUGACGACAUCGCGCGGAUUCCAAGACCAGGUAGCCAAGGCGUCGCCAAGGCCGCGUUCUCGCCCGACGGCACGCACUUGACCUAUUUAAAGUCCGGCGACGGCUCGCUGACGACGCAGCUCUACGCUACGGAUGUCGCCACUGGAACGACCAAACUGGCCUUCGGGUCCGAGACGAACGAGGACUCGUUCACGCUGAGCAAGGAAGAGCAGAUGCGUCGGGAAAGGGCCAGAGUCAUGGCGACGGGCGUGACGACGUACGCGUGGGCGAAGAAUGCUGAUGUUUUAUUAGUGCCGGCGGACGGCGCCUUGUUCGUGAAGCAGGGUAUUGCUGGCGCGGCCACGAAGCUCUUCGAUGUCGAUGCGUUCCCGGACGUCGGCCGGGGCCCUCCCCUAGAUGCGAAGCUGUCUGAGGAUGGUUCAAGGGUUGUGUUUGUUUGGAAUGAUGAGGUGACCACCAGCGUCUCUCUUGUAUGAAGCGUCGGUCGAUGAAAAAAACUCACACGAAACAUAUACACUCAGACUUCUGAAUUGUCCGUGAAUGACCCGUGACAUCCCAAUAUACUCCGAGACCGCUACAUAUCGAUGAAAUGAGAGAACGUUGUCGUUGCGGCUCUCACAACAAAAACACGCAGGUCUGCGCCGUCGACAUUAAUGAAGGCGUCCCGCGGCGCCUCACGACCGGCGCGAGGGACGUGGAGGGCGUGACGAACGGCGUCGCCGACUACUGCGCCAUGGAGGAGAUGGACCGCUACGAGGGCUUCUGGCUGUCUCCUACUGGUAACCGCGUCUGCUUCGAACAAGUGGACGAGACUGAUGUGUAUUUACUCAAAAUCCCGCGGCCCGGCGACGCCGAGGACCCGGGCGCGGCCGAGGAGCAUAGGUACCCUUUUUCCGGUGCCACGAAUCCCUCUGUGAAAUUAGGAGUGGUUGGCGUGAGUGGUGGAGACGUCGCGUGGCUCGAUUUAACAAAGGCCGGACUGGGCGAAGAUACGUAUCUGGCGAGAGUAUACUGGGCCUCCGACGCCACCGUGUUGGCCUGCGUCCAAUCGCGAGACCAGCGGACGAUGAGAUUAGUUGCUUACGAUAUCGAUAAGGGCACAGAUAGAGUGGUCCUCGAGGAGACCAAUAAAGCCUGGCUGAACCUGAACGACUGUCUCAGGUGGGGUAUUGUGGAGGGUGAAGUCCUGAUCGCGUCGGAGCGCGACGGCGUCCAGCACCUCUACGUCCACAGUACGGGAGACGGUAAGGUCUUGAGAAGGCUCACGGAGGGCACGGACUGCGUCGUCGAAGAGUUAAUUGAUAUCCAGAACGGCCUCGUCUACUACCUAGGAGGCGAUGUCGAACCAGCGAAAUGUACCGAGAGGCAUCUGUUCAGCGUGCCCUAUGAUGGGUCAUCACCACCAAAACGCGUCGACGACGCGGCGGGUGUUUAUCUCGACGCCGCCGCCGUCUCCAAGAGUGGCGCGGUCUUCCUCCAGCAUAGUGCUGUGGAUGCGCCCGUCGUCGCGGAAUUAAGAAGUGAGACCACGACAAUUCUGAAAGAUGCGUCGGACGCACCGUUAGUCUCCCAGCUCAAGCCGCCCGAGUUCUUCGAGAUCCCGUCGACGGACGGCGCGACGACGUUACGGGGCGCCUACUACGCGCCCGAUGCAAACAAGUACGGGCCCGGGCCGUGGCCGACGGUCGUCAGUUGUUAUGGCGGGCCCCACGUGCAGUUCGUGGCCGAUAAAUAUGCGACGAUGACCGGUGACCUGCGGGCGCAGCAUCUACGAGAAAGGGGCUACUUAGUUAUCAAAGUAGACAAUCGCGGGUCGAAAAGACGAGGUUUAGCUUUUGAGGCGGCGGUCCAGAAUAAGUUUGGGUGUUUGGAGGUCGACGAUCAAGUGGCCGCCGUCGAGUGGGCCGUGUUAUGUGGCAAGGCGGAUCCCACGAGGGUGGGCAUCUUCGGCUGGUCCUACGGCGGCUACCUGUCGGCGAUGUGCCUCGCCAAGGCGCCCAUGGUGUUCCGGUGUGCCGUGGCGGGCGCGCCGGUCGCGGCCUGGGAUGGGUACGACACGCAUUAUACGGAAAGGUACAUGGGCACGCCCUCGUCGAAUCCCGAGGGGUACAAAGAAGGCGACGUCUGCACGCACGUCGCGAACGUCGAAGGGGCGCUUAUGCUGGUCCACGGUCUCGUCGACGAAAACGUCCACUUCCGGCAUACCGCUAGGAUCGCCCAGGCCAUGGUCGACGCGGGAAAGGCCUACGACCUGCUGUGCUUCCCGAACGAGCGGCACUCGCCGCGGUCGGAGAAGGACCGGGCCUACCAGGAGGAGCGCGUCUUCGCGUUCCUGGAGACGUGGCUGAAGUAACUACAAGUAUUAAUCA